UGUCUGUGUGGCCCCGGCCACCCCUUUUCCCGGGUUGGGAUCGCGGAGGGCCCUGAACUAGCCAGGUCUGCGGGGUCCCUCUCUAUGGGCUGGAGGUGGGACCCAUCUGUCUCUGUAGGCCUUUCUCCCUGAGAAACCGUCGCCCGACACACCGCGGCCAGGACUUCUUGGGACGCCCGGGCUAUUCUGGAAGACUAGGAAAGUUUUUUUUCUGGAUCACCGACCACUGGUCCCAUGGCUGCCAUGCAGAUGGAUCCUGAGCUUGCCAAGCGCCUCUUCUUUGAAGGGGCCACUGUGGUCAUUCUGAAUAUGCCCAAGGGGACAGAAUUUGGCAUUGACUACAACUCCUGGGAGGUGGGGCCCAAGUUCCGAGGCGUGAAGAUGAUCCCGCCAGGCAUCCACUUCCUCUACUACAGCUCUGUGGACAAGGCCAAUCCUAGGGAUGUGGGCCCUCGUAUGGGCUUCUUUCUUAGUCUUCAGCAGCGGGGGCUGAUGGUCCUGCGCUGGAAUGCGGUCCGGGAAGAGGUAGACCUGUCCCCAGCCCCAGAGGCUGAGGUGGAGGCCAUGAGGGCCAACCUCCAGGAGCUGGACCAGUUCCUGGGACCUUAUCCAUAUGCCACACUCAAGAAGUGGAUCUCACUCACCAACUUCAUCAGUGAGGCCACAGUGGAGAAGCUGCAGCCUGAGACCCGGCAGAUCUGUGCCUUCUCAGAGGUGCUGCCCGUACUCUCCAUGAAGCACACCAAGGACCGGUUGGGGCAGAAUCUCCCCCUCUGCGGCACUGAGUGCAAGAGCUACCAGGAGGGCCUGGCCCGGCUGCCUGAGAUGAAGCCCAGAGCUGGCACAGAGAUCCGCUUCUCAGAGCUGCCCACACAGAUGUUCCCAGCAGGUGCCACGCCGGCAGAGAUAACCAGGCACAGCAUGGACCUGAGCUAUGCCCUGGAGUCUGUGCUCAGCAAGCAGUUCCCCAGCAGCCCCCAGGAUGUGCUAGGUGAGCUCCAGUUUGCCUUUGUGUGCUUCCUGCUGGGGAACGUGUACGAGGCAUUUGAGCACUGGAAGCGGCUCCUGAACCUUCUGUGCCGGUCAGAAGAAGCCAUGGUGAAACACCACACCCUCUACAUCAACCUCAUCUCCAUCCUGUACCACCAGCUCGGCGAGAUCCCCGCUGACUUCUUUGUGGACAUUGUGUCCCAGGACAACUUCCUCACCAGCACCUUACAGGUUUUCUUUUCCUCCGCCUGCAGUGUUGCCGUGGAUGCCACCCUGAGGCAGAAAGCUGAAAAGUUCCAAGCUCACCUGACCAAGAAGUUUCGGUGGGACUUUGAGGCGGAGCCUGAGGACUGCGCCCCGGUGGUGGUGGAGCUCCCCGAGGGUGUGGGGACUGGCUAACUAGGAAUGCUCUGGGCCAGGGAGGCCCCUUCCCACACGGCUGCACUCCUGGCUUCUCCAUUCAUCCGUCCAGUUGGGACCUGCCGGGGCAGUAGCCCCACCAGGGUCUGCAGAAAUAGAGCCAGAAUUCCCUCCUUCACAAAUAAAUAAGUUCCUUCAGUGCCAGAGAGGCUGUACUCCAUCCUGAAGACACAUUUGUGGGUUCCCCAUCAGCCUGGCCUUGGUGCUGACCUAACUGAAUUCUAGUUGGGCUCUUGGGAGAGACCUGCCUCAGCAGCAGCCUACUGCUUCCAAAAGGGAAGAAGUUGAGCUUAUUCCACAGAAUGGUUAGAAAACAGGAAACUUUGGGCUCCCCAGGAGUCUGAGAUGUCAGUUGGUGACUUUUUUUUAAAGUUAAACAGAGGAUGAUAGGGAGAUGGGCCAGAAUUUCUGCCUGCACCUCAUUGAGCAGAAAUACAUCACACCAAACGUGGGCAUGUGACCUCUCUGGAGGCCCAGAUUGGAGAGGGCAUAACAGAAGACAGUUGGGUUCUGAAGAGUGGUCAGCCUUUGCUUUCUCCAUCUAAGUACCUUUCUCCUAUCCAGAGGCCCCAGUGAGUAGUCAUUCAAGAUUAUUGUGGUCCCUGACCUCAGGGGCCUUACUAGUGUCACACCCCUCCUAUCUGCUCCCUUCUGCAGCCUCAGACCCACAAGUGGAACUUGGCAACAACCCUCUUGGAUGGCCCCAUUACUCACCAGCGCCACCAUGACUGAUUGAUGACCUGGGAUUCAACAGCAAGAGGAAGAUUCUUGCUCUGCAUGGGCUUCUUUGGCCCUGUUGAAGUUCUGUGCCUUCAUUCAGAGCUCCAGAGAUGACCUGGUCAGCCUAGAUCUUCCCAGUCGUGCUGUGGUGCUGUCAGCCACAGACAUGAUGAUGCUCUGUUUCCCGGGGGUCCUGAGGGUGUGCCUGCACGCACACCAUCCCUGGCACCCUGACCUCAAACUGUUGUGUUAUGAUCAGAGUCCCUGUGCCAUUCUUUUCCAGGGCUGUAGCUCACACCAGGUUUCUGAAUGAGAAUCCCUGCUGGUUAAGACUUUGGUUCCACUUGUUUCCUUGGAGUUGUUUUUCCAAGAGCAUAGUGUACAUUAAAGUCUUUGAGUUGAGAC